AUGUCGUUCCUCCAAACGACCGUCAAAUCCGGCUGGAUCACGGACCUGGUCCUCCCCGCCCCGGUCGGGAUCCAAUCGGCGCAAGACGUGAUCCAAGCCGGCCACGCGACCGCCCUGGAAAUGUGCACCGACCCCAUCUUCAUGGCGCACCUCAAUCCGCUCGUGCAGAGCGUCGUCGAACUGCCGGCCUCGGACCCCAAAGCCGUGGAUUACAAAGCCAUGGCGCGGACGUUCAAUGUCGACGUCGAUGCCGGGUCGUUGUCCCCUGUGCCCGGCGCGGCAGGGAGGGAUGACCAUCACCAGUACCCCUGGAAACACUACGCCAUCACGGACAAGUUGACCCCUUUGCCGGGAUACACGACGGAGCUGACGUACUACGCGGCGAUCCGACGGACCGCUGACGGCAUGCAGGCGUUUACGAACGCCGGGUCCGGCGUGACCAUCUACGGGUGCUUUAGCGUCAAGGUCGCGGAGCCGAGCGACGUGUUCGCGUUGGACGCGAGCGAUGGGAAAGGCUGGGUUGUGAAUUUCAUCGAGACCAACGAGUUGAGGUGUAAUCUGGUCUUGAGCUAUUAUAUCAAGGCCACGACGGAUAAGAGUCACCGCACGGCGCAUGCGAGGUUCAAGGAGUUGUGGAGGGAGAGGAUGAGGGAGAAGGGGUUUGAUUGUGGGGGAUAA